UUUCUCUUUCGUUUUCUUGCAUGCACACAAGGCAUUUUCCGAUUUUCAACAGAGUAUGGCAGAUGAUUGGGUGCUUGGAAGCAGAGGCCAACAAAUUAUCACAUCAAAAGUGAAAAAUGCCAGCACACUUGGAUUAUGUUGCCAUGAGAGAAUCCGAACUAUUGAACGGGGAAAGGGGGAACAUUGUGAAGGGAUUGAACGAGGCCAACAUCAAACUUCUGGUAGAUAUACUCUUUAACCAAAAGGUGAUCAAUCAAUUUGAGAAGGAAGCCAUAAUGGAGACACAUGGGCGGGCAGAUAAAGCACGUGCCCUUGUGGAUAUGACCUAUGCCAAAGGUGAACGUGUGUCUGAGCUCAUGAUCACCCUACUAAAGGAUGUUGACCCCGUGCUGUUCAAUGGCAUCUUUUUAAAAGCGGAUUCCAUGGAUGGAUCUCCAGUUUUCAACAUGAGGUGAUGUGAGAUGAUUGAAGAGGAGAAAAUAGCCACCUUUUAAUACCACAAUCUGGAACCUGUGGAUUUUUCUGUUGUUUAUAGCUUAUCAUCCUUUCAAGGUUAAAAAGCAUUCUCAAUAAAUAAUCUACAUUGAA